AUGAAUUUCGCCCGACACUCUAUAAGUGCUACAGCCCCGGUACUCAUCUUCGACGCGCGAUUCGACUCAGACUGUCACAUCUUUACCGCCGCAACCCCGGCGGGGUUCGCGGUGUACCGCGCGCGCCCGCUGCAGCUGCUUCGGAAACGCGAGAUCACGGGGGGUACCCUCGCCGCUGUAGUGCCGUUGCACACAUCCUCGCUGCUGUUCCUCAUCGGAGGCGGGCGCAGUCCGCGGUACCCGCCGAAUAAGGUCAUCCUAUGGGACGAUACGCUCGGCCAGGAGGUUGCGGAGCUGGAGUUCAGGGAGCGUGUGAGGGGCCUUGCGUGUCGGAAGGGCUGGCUAGCAGUGGCAUUGCGCAGGAGGGUCGUGGUGUUCGAGCUAGGGAAGGCGGUCGCCAGGUAUGGAGAAUGGGACACAUGCGAUAAUCCGAGAGGUCUACUCGCUAUGGCGACUGCUGCAUAUUCUACCCUACUCGCGAUACCCGGCCGCCAGAUGGGCCAUGUCCAUCUAAUACACCUCCCACCAUGCUCACCUCCAGAGCAAUUAGGACCGCCAAUGUCGGCACCACCAAGACCACCGUCUCGUCCAACCAAGCAUCCGGUUUCUAUGUUUAUUGCCCACGAGAGCGCGCUUACCACAUUAUCUGUUCCUUCGUCUGGGAACUUCGUCGCCACCACGUCUUCUAGAGGAACACUUGUUCGGAUAUGGGACUCCAACACUGGGAAGCGUGUGCGAGAGUUCCGGCGAGGCACUGAUAAAGCCGAGAUUUACGGGGUAGCCUUUCGUCCUGACGAACGAGAGGUAUGCGUCUGGAGUGACAAGGGCACGAUACACGUAUUCGCUCUUGCAGAUGACACAGGCUCAUCGAAUCGACAAUCUACCUUUUCUCCGCUGAAGCCAUUCGUUCCGCUGCCGAAGUACUUCAAGUCGGAGUGGUCGUAUGCACAGUACCGGAUACCCUCACAAUCAGCACACAUAUCGCUAUCUGCGGGACCCUCCAAGCCGCCCACCGCAGACGUCGUCGAUGAGGAGAAGUGUGUGGUCGGCUGGAUUGUAGCGCCAUCCGAUGACCACGAUAGCGCGGAGGGCGAAUCCCCUAUGGAACAUCAGCUCGUCGCCUUGACAUACACAGGCGGCUGGUAUCGAUUGUCACUGCCCAAGACCUCUGCUGCUACAGCCGCACCGUCGCGUACGUCUACGACUGGUACUGGUACGGUAAUCUCAGGAUCGCCUCCAAGAGCCGUACCUAUGUCGCGCCCUCGUUCCUCAAGUGGGUCAUCGUUUGCCGGACGUCUGGACAAGGGCAAGGAUGUCGACCGCGACAAGGAGGGCGGGUCGAGUCACGAAUGUAUCUUGCGCGAAUUUAGACGGUUUGGGCGAUGGGAUGGAUGGGGAUAGGAAACGGACUGGAAUGGAUGGACUCGUCGGCAUACCUCUCUCGGCUUGUGAUAUCGCCCGCUCUGCAUCUCCCGCUGCUCGCCGCUCACACACAUUGUACAUCUACUCCCAUGCAUGCACUGUUUGUACUCAUGUUGUAUCGAUAUAUGGUCACUUCGGAAAGCAGUGCAUGCGGACCAUGGGGGAUCUCGAUCGAUCGAGGAUGGUGUGAAAGCCGUGACCCUGGAUUUAAUAUUUAUGUACGGCGUAUGACGUCCGUCGCUGCUUGCAUUGUCUCUCCAGUUGAAUAUCUCCCCGCAGCAACCUUUUGAGUCGGUUAAGGGUCGGCGUCUGUCCGAGUCGCUGCAACUAGCCCAGUUCGAACUUCGAAGGGUAUUGUCCGGGCUGCUGCAUACUUGACUCCAGAUUUGCAGGAAUAGUCGACUCACUCAGGCUGACAUGGAGCGCACUGUUUCCAUCCUGUCUCCUCUGACACCGC